AUGUCGACCCCGUUUAGAAUUGAUGUCCACCAUCACUUUUUGCCUCCGGUAUACGCCAAGGGUGAGUUUCAGGCCUUACAAUACGAACAUUUGCAUGAGGCGAGUACUCACAUAUCUUUUACAACUGUAGCAUUGCAGAAAAACGGAGGUGAUCCAUCUGGCUGGAAAACUCCGUCUUGGUCUAUAGAAAAUGACGAGGCAAUUUGUCAGAAGCUGGAAAUUCGCACAGCCUUUCUUUCUAUCACAGCUCCUGGCCCAGAUGUUGUGAAAGGACCCGAAUCAGCUCGAAUUGCCAGAGAAUGCAAUGAAUGGGCAGCUGAACUCCGGGAUCAAGACCCACAGAAAUACGGAUUCUUCGCUACUAUUCCAUCCCCGUUUGAAAACAUUAACCAAGCUAUCUCGGAGGUUGCCUAUGCGCUUGAUGUCUUGCACGCCGAUGGCGUAACCUUGUUCACUCGGUAUGGGGAUGCAAACUACUAUCUUGGCCACCCCAUGUUCAAGCCACUAUGGGCAGAACUCAACAGUCGCGAAGCUGUUGUGUUCAUUCAUCCCACAACUGGGGUGGACAUUGGGAUGAUCAACCCACUUUUACCCGCACCGAUGAUUGAAUAUCCUCAUGAGACGACCCGGUGCGCUGUUGAUCUUAUUGUCUCCGGGAGAAUCCGGGAGAAUUCUGACUGCAAAAUUAUCUUGUGCCAUUCUGGGGGUACCCUCCCAUUUAUCGCGACGCGGCCGGGAGUUCUGCUCUCUCACGCGAACCUCUCCUCCAUGACUCAUGAAGAAUUCCUCGGUGAUGCCCGAAGAUUUUAUUAUGAGAUUGCCCAAAGCAGCUCGCUCGCCAUAGAGUGUUUGAUGAAGUUUGCGGAUCCUGACCGCAUCCUGUAUGGCUGCGACUAUCCUUACUGCCCGGAAAAGACCAUCGACUUCUUCAAGAAUGCCUUGAAUUCAGCACCCCUGACCGAGGAUCAACUUUCCAAGAUCAACACAACAAACGCCCUGAAAUUAUUUCCCCGUUUGACGAAAGGAAAUUGA